AGUAGAGAAAAGAUAUAUAAAUAAAAUUUGGAACCCUUAACUUUGUAUAUAUGGGGUUUUUGCUUCAGCCGCAAGGACAAAGAACUCAUCACUAUUAACAAACAAACAAACGCUUCUUAUUGCAACGUUCACCGUUCGCCGGCCGUUGAUUUCCCUCACCGCCGUCUCAGUCUCUCUCCGCCGCACUUAAAGACGAAAAAGACCAAACCCUUCUUCAUUCCAAUCUUCAUCAAUCAUCAUCUUCUUCAUCGGAACCCUAAUCCAGCGAAAUCAAUUGAGCAAGAUGGUUCUGGCACAGUUAGGAGGGAGCAUUACUCGUGCUCUUCAGCAGAUGAGCAAUGCAACAGUGAUCGACGAGAAAGUCCUCAAUGAUUGUCUCAACGAAAUCAAUCGAGCUCUUCUUCAAUCAGAUGUUCGAUUCGAACUCGUUCGAGACAUGCGGACCAAUAUCAAGAAGAUUGUUAAUCUUCAAGAUCUCGCCGCCGGUCACAACAAACGCAAAAUCAUUCAACAAGCUGUGUUUAACGAACUCUGCAAAAUGUUGGAUCCUGGAAAAUCCUCUUUUGUUCCCAAAAAAGGAAAAACAAGUGUUGUCAUGUUUGUUGGUUUACAAGGUUCUGGAAAAACUACGACGUGUACAAAAUAUGCUCAUUAUUAUCAGAAGAAAGGAUGGAAGCCGGCUUUAGUUUGUGCAGAUACAUUUAGAGCUGGUGCAUUUGAUCAAUUGAAGCAAAAUGCUACUAAAGCUAAAAUCCCUUUUUAUGGAAGUUAUAUGGAGUCAGAUCCUGUCAAAGUUGCUGUGGAAGGUGUGGAGAGAUUCAAGGAAGAAAACCGUGAUCUUAUAAUUGUUGAUACCAGUGGGAGGCACAAACAAGAAGCAGCUCUUUUUGAAGAAAUGCGCCAAGUGUCAGAAGCAACGAAACCGGAUCUUGUUAUAUUUGUCAUGGAUAGCAGUAUUGGUCAGGCUGCUUUUGAUCAGGCCCAAGCAUUUAAACAGAGUGUUGCAGUUGGAGCUGUAAUUAUUACCAAAAUGGAUGGCCAUGCCAAGGGUGGUGGUUCUCUUAGCGCUGUUGCAGCAACAAAGAGUCCUGUCAUAUUCAUAGGAACUGGUGAACAUAUGGAUGAGUUUGAAGUUUUUGAAGUUAAGCCAUUUGUUAGUCGUCUAUUAGGCAUGGGGGACUGGUCUGGGUUUGUAGACAAAAUACAUGACAUUGUUCCUAUGGACAAACAGCCUGAAUUGCUUCAAAAGUUAUCAGAAGGCUUCACCUUGAGGACCUUGAGGAUUAUGUAUGAGCAAUUUCAGAACAUGCUUAGUAUGGGUCCUUUGAGCCAGGUCUUUUCUAUGCUUCCAGGAUUUAGUUCGGAGUUAAUGCCAAAAGGCCAAGAGAAAGAAAGCCAGGAAAAAGUUAAGCGGUACAUGACAAUAAUGGAUUCAAUGACAAAUGAAGAGUUGGAUAGUUCAAACCCAAAGCUUAUAAAUGAACCACGUAUGAUGCGAAUAGCCCGAGGUUCUGGUCGUCUAGUUAGGGAAGUGUUAGACAUGAUGGAAGAGUACAAACGUCUUGCAAAGGUAAUGAAACGACUUAAAAUACCAAAGAAGGGUGACAUGAGUGCCCUAUCUCGAAAUAUGAAUGCACAGAGCAUGGCCAAAGCCCUCCCUGCACAGAUGCUGAGGCAAAUUGGUGGCAUGGGUGGGUUACAAAACUUAAUGAGGUAGAUGGGAUCUUCUAAAGACAUGAUGGGAAUGUUUAGUGGUGGUGAAUAACUGUUGGUUGGGCAGGACUUAAUAGUGGAGCAUUCUUCCUGACGACAGCUACAGACAUUUCAGAACUACACUAUGUUUCUUUAUUGUACUUGAUCCGUUGACUGCAAAAGCCUCAACUGGAUGCUAGCUUCUUUAUUGUACAAUUUUUUUUUCUUGGUUGUAUAGAUUGACUUAUUUAGUUUUGGAUAGCAAAACCAUGUAAUCCUGUUAUAAAUGAUAAUUUUUCAUAAUUGAGUAACAUGUAGAACAAAUCCUACAUUACUUUUUUGUAUUUGAUUGAAGGAAUAGGUGGCUGCAAUGAAAUUGUUGAAUUAACCACAAGUUGAUAUUAAUUGCGGUGGAAUUAUAAAUACUUGAAAUCA